AUUCCUCCAAAUUGUUAGUUAGCGCAGACGCGUCAACUAGACGCCCCGAAGUUAAACAGCUGUUCGACCUUGAGUUAACGAACACAACUUAAACAAACUAUAAUCAUGGACUUCAACGACAAAGUGGUUCUAAUUACCGGUGCCAGUUCCGGCCUCGGAGCUGCAACAGCCAUCUAUUUGUCAAAAUUAUCAGCCAAACUCGCGUUAGUUGGCCGCAAAGAAGCAAACCUCAAAAGAAUAGCCCUAUACUGUGAGAAAACAAAAGGAAUAAAAGCUCUUUCAAUUACCGCUGACGUCACAGAGGACCUUGAUGUUGAAAGAAUAAUUAAGGAGACAGUCGAUCACUAUGGGAAACUGGACGUUUUGGUUAACAACGCCGGCGUUAUUGGCAUGGGUGGAAUCAAGAACUCUUCUAUGGAAACUUACGACACAGUUAUGAAUACAAACAUGAGAGCUGUUUACCAGUUAACGAUGCUUGCUACUCCGCAUCUGAUACAAAGUAAAGGUUGUAUUGUGAAUAUUUCUUCGAUAGCCGGUACUAAGCCUAGCACGAUGGCUUUGGCUUACAACAUUUCUAAGGCAGCGUUAGACCAUUUCACAAAAUGUGUUGCGUUAGAAUUAGCGCCUGAUGGCGUAAGAGUGAAUUCUGUAAACCCAGGGUUUGUGAAAACUAAUCUGUUGAAGAAUAUUGGUUUGAGUGAAGAUCAGUUGGCCAUGUUUGUGACCAACGUUGUUGGUAAUAUGCCCAUGAAGAAAGCUGUGGAAAGUGACGAGGUUGCAGCCUUGAUUGCAUUUCUAGCAAGUGAUAAAGCUAAAAGUAUUACUGGAUCAACCUACGUUAUAGAUGGCGGUAGUUUAUUAAAAUAAAUGAAAUGUAAAUAUGCAGUAACUUUUUAAGUAAGAUGUAAUUUAUGAGAUUUUUAGUUCGCCAAUCAUUUGUCAUUAUUAUAGCUUACCACUUAAUGUCUUAGCCAUAUUAUUUAUUUUUUUAAAUCCUACCACUGUAAAGAAAAAAUAAACAAUAAGAAACAUGCGAACAGUCGUAAAAUACGUAAGUAAUAAUUUACCUUAUCUGAUCAAUCCUCGUUAUAAACUUAUAUCCUAUUGUUAAAUAAAUGUUUCCUCUUGAUGACCGUUAUGAGUAACCUAGUCAAAUGCUUUCAAAGUAUUAUUUAUCGAUAGUAUAUAAUAUUGUUAAGUAUAUUAUUCUUAUAUAAAGUUGUAUUUUAGAAAAUGAUAUAAAAUAAAUAUUACGAACAUAA